CCCGGCUGAGCUGGCAGCAUGGGGCAGGCGGGCUGGAAGGGGCUUCUCCAGUCAGCGUUCGACUAUAAGACAGAAAAGUAUGUGAUCGCCAAGAACAAGAAGGUCGGGCUGCUCUACCGACUACUGCAGCUUACCAUCGUGCUGUACCUGAUCGUAUGGGUGUUCGUGAUAAAGAAGGGUUAUCAAGACACUGACACCUCCCUGCAGAGUGCUGUGGUCACCAAAGUCAAGGGCGUGGCCUACACCAACACCUCAGAGCUGGGGGAGCGUCUCUGGGACGUCGCAGACUACGUCAUCCCCCCCCAGGGAGAUAAUGUCUUCUUUGUGAUCACUAACCUGAUCGUGACCGCCAACCAGCGGCAGAGCACCUGUGCUGAGCGUGAAGGCAUUCCUGAUGGCAUGUGUUCUGAGGACCACGACUGCCCUGCUGGGGAGCCUGUUAGAGCUGGAAAUGGAGUGAAGACUGGCCGCUGUCUGCGGGUGGGGAACUCGACCAGGGGCACCUGUGAGAUCUUUGCCUGGUGCCCAGUGGAGACACAGUCCAGGCCCAGGAAGCCACUCCUGAGGGACGCUGAAGACUUCACCAUUUUCAUAAAGAACUAUAUUCGUUUUCCCAAGUUCAAUUUCUCCAAGGCCAAUGUACUAGAGACAAAGAGCAAAGAUUUUCUGAAAUCCUGUCGCUUUGGCCCCAACAAUCACUAUUGUCCCAUCUUCCGGCUGGGGUCCGUGGUCCAGUGGGCAGGGAGCAGCUUUCAGGACAUUGCCCUGGAGGGAGGUGUGAUAGGAAUUCACAUCGAGUGGAACUGCGACCUCGACAGAGCUGCCUCUGAGUGCCAUCCGCGCUAUUAUUUUAACCGUCUGGACGACAAACAUGUAAAAUCUGUUUCUUCUGGGUACAACUUCAGGUUUGCCAGAUACUACCGAGACUCAGCCGGGGUGGAAUUCCGCAACCUGAUGAAAGCCUAUGGGAUCCGCAUUGAUGUUAUAGUUAAUGGAAAGGCAGGGAAGUUCAGCAUCGUUCCCACAGUCAUCAAUGUGGGCUCCGGGGUGGCGCUCAUGGGUGCUGGGGCUUUCUUCUGUGACCUGGUACUCAUCUACAUCAUCAAAAAGAGGGAGUUUUACCGUGACAAAAAGUACGAGGAAGUGAGGGGCCGAGAGGGGGCGGCUCAGGAGGCUGAGGCCAAGGCGCUGGAGCAGGGCCAGACGGAGGAGGAGCAGCAGGAGGGGGAGAGGCAGGAGGAGCAGCCUCAGACCCUGCCGCAGAGCAGCAGCUGGAAGGGGAACGGCAGCGUGUGCGGGAAGCUGCCCCGUUCCGCCAGGACCAGCGCCUUAAAGCAUGCCAAGGCGAAUGUACAGCAACUGCAGAGUCUGCAGACAGUGGGGACGUAGCCAAGGCUGUUGGCCGAGAGCAGGAUUUGAAGAUCUUGGGCCAGCACAGUCUGCAGCUCUGAACUGGGAAGAUGCAUCCUCAUGCCUGCGCGAGACAGAGGCUUCUGGGAACAGCCGUUUCUGUUACACUUUGGGAUUCUGCUAUGAGCUUUUUUUUGUCAGGAGAGGAGCCUCCUGGUAGCCCGAGUGGCCCAAAUCCAGAUGAGGAGACCCUGGCUGGGGCUGGCACCCAGGGAAGGGAGCAGGCCAGGGGCCUGGGUGGUACUAGAGUGUCUUAAUUUUUCCUGAGAACCUGAUUGGACACUCAUUUAUUCAUCCGUACAGUAAACACUGAUGCAUGUUUCA